UGUUGUUUUAGGGUGGACAAAAUAGUGAAGCGAGGUUGGAGUGACCCAAUUCUAACCGAAUAGUACCUCUUUCUUUCUCAAUCUUUCAUUUCUUGCACCUAUUUUGUGCAAGUUUGUAUCUUUGUCUUGUUCACUCUAAAAAGUAAGAGAGAGAGAGAGAGAGAUUCUUCUCACCACACCGCACCAUUUUUUUGUGUUUGUGGUUUGAAUUCAAAGAAACUUGAAUCAUGCCUUCAGGUGCAAAGAAGAGGAAAGCCGCCAAGAAAAAGAAGGAAAUACAAUCCUCUACUUCCACCACCAACAACCCUCACGGGGAGAAUGAAUUGAAGUCGAUAGACGAGAAAGGAAGUGAUGGUGGAGAGGUUGAUUCGCCUCGGGACCUUGAUGAUGAUCAUAAUCAGUUCAAUGAAGGUAGUGAGGAGGUGGAGGAGGUUGAACCAGUGGCUGCUGCUGUCAAGUCCACAGAAGAAGUUCGGAAGGUCGACGAAGCUGAGGGAGGAAAGGAACGUGUUGAUGUGAUAGAAUGGGAUAUGAAGUCUGAUGAGAGUACUGAGAACAAAGAUGUUAGUGUUGUGCGAAUUGAGUCUGAUGAGGGAUUGAAUAAUGGGAGUGGGAAUUCAGGUGGUUCUGAUGAUGUAAUUGAAACCGGUGCUGCGAAGAACUUAAAGGAUGAGUCAUAUGAUAACUCAGUAAAAGAGACAGCUGCAUUUGAUGAGGAAGGUGUUAAUUCGGUAAAGGAGAGUGUUAAUUCAGCGGCGGAAUCUUCUGCUGGUUCGGUUAAUGUUGUGAACUCUGUCUCUGAGGUGCAAAGUGGAGAUGUCUCUGAGGUGCAAAGUGGAGAUAAUGGAAAUAAUUUACUUGACCAAUCAUUGGACUCUCAAGGAGCGGAAACUGAUCUUGCCUUGAAGAGAAAUGAGGAUAAAGUGCAUGUCUUACCUGAUGAGAAUGUUGAAGCGUCAAGUUUGGAAGAACCUGAGACAAGGGAAUUCGGUAAAAUAUCAUCAUCACAGGCGUCUCAAGGAGCGGAAACUGAUAUUGUCGUGAAGAUAAAUGAGGACAAAGUACCCAUCUUACCUGAUGAGAAUGUGAAAACAUCAAGUUUGGAAGAACCUGAGACAAGGGAAUUCGACGGUAAAGUAUCAUCAUCACCGGUGUCUCAAGGAGCAGAAACUGAUAUUUCCGUGAAGGGAAAUGAGGAUAAAGUACCCGUCUUACCUGAUGAGAAUGUGAAAACAUCAAGUUUGGAAGAACCUGAGACAAGGGAAUUCGACGGUAAAGUAUCAUCAUCACCGGCGUCUCAAGGAGCAGAAACUGAUAUUUCCGUGAAGGGAAAUGAGGAUAAAGUACCCGUCUUACCUGAUGAGAAUGUGAAAACAUCAAGUUUGGAAGAACCUGAGACAAGGGAAUUCGACGGUAAAGUAUCAUCAUCACCGGCGUCUCAAGGAGCGGAAACUGAUCUUGCACUGAAGAAAAAUGAGGAUAAAGUACCCGUCUUACCUGAUGAGAAUGUCAAAACAUCAAGUUUGGAAGAAUCCGUGACAAGGGAAUUCGACGGUAAAGUAUCAUCAUCACCGGCAUCUCAAGGAGCAGAAACUGAUCUUGCCGGGAAGAGAAAUGAGGAUAAAGUACCUGUUAUACCUGAUGAGAAUGUUAAAACAUCAAGUUUGGAAGAACCAGAGACAAGGGAAUUUGACGGAAAAGUAUCAUCAUCACCGGUGUCUCAAAGUCCAAUCACUGAAUCUACUAAUGGUGUAGAGCAUGUUAAAGAUUCCAACACUGCCGAAAGCUCUGGAAAUCAGCCUCCGGCAGCAUCAGCUCCACUUUUGGUGCAAAAAACGUCUUGGUUGAGUUGCUGUGGCUUGUUUGAUGCGGUGUCAAGCUCCAACAGAUAAGUUCAGAAAUGCGUGCACGUGGAUCUCAAUUGAUGUGUCAAACCUGUGAAGAUUUUAGGAUUUGGUUCAUAAAAUUUUGUGAUAUGUGUUGUUUAUGACUUUCCAAACAAAUAAUGGGCAACCUGCCCAACUAUAUGAGAUUUAUAUACAGUGAGGUUUGUUGUAGUAAUUGUGUUAGCAGCAGUUUCAGCUCAAAAUCUUUCUUUUCAAAACUUUUUAAACUACACUUUUGUUAAGCC